GGAAGUUAUGGGUGUGUGACGGACGCGCGGCCGCUCAGUCGGCGAUGGCUGUGUUUGAGGAUCUGAGGGGAGAGGCAGUGGGACGACGAGUUGUCCAGAGCAGGUAGCAUCUGGAAGAACAAUCCUGAGGUACAGUUUAAGGUAGCCCAACGCCAUGGAACUGCCAAACUAUAGCAGGCAGCUCAUGCAGCAGCUAUACACCCUAAGGAAAGAGGAACAGUUUUGCGACUGCACGUUACUUAUCGGCAACAUUCAGUUCAAAGCGCACAAACUCGUGCUAGCCGCCUCUAGUUUGCUCUUCAAAUCUCUAUUGGACAACACAGAUACGAUCUUCAUUGAUCAAACUGUUGUGUGCCCAGAGGAGUUUGCUGUUCUUCUGGAGAUGGUCUAUACAGGGAAAGUUCCACCAGGGAUGCACAACUUUACAAAGGUGGUUUCAGUUGCAGACAAUUUGCAAAUGUUUGAUAUUGCUGUUAGUUGUAAGAACAUUGUGGCAAACCUAAUGAAACAAACUGGGGAAAAUGAUGUGCAAGCUUCGAACCCUGCUGUUGGCAAAGAUACAUUAAAUCAGGCAGUCACACAUCAGCAUUGCAUAUCUGAAGAAUUGGACAGUAAUGAUGCACCUGCUUCUAGUGAUACUGAAGUAACUGGACCAGCAGAACAAAACCUGUCUCUGGAAGAAUUAAACUGCACUGGCAUUGAAGAUUUUGAAAGCACUGGUGUUGCAUUGUCUACUGAGGAGACUAUUCUGUUUGCUGAUGCUGUUGAUCCAAAACAAGAUGUUGAGCAGCAAGAAAGUUCACUAGAAAGCCAUGUGGCUGACAUUCAGAAUGUUAGUUGUUCCUCAGUUUGUACUGAGGGUGAUGAAAUUCUCCAUGAGCCGCCCAGCAAGAAAGGGAAGCUCUCAGUAACAGGUCAAGAAAUCAGUUCCUUGCGUGAAUUACGUUCUGUACUGGCAGAAGAGCCCAGAAAUCUCUCAGAACAAGAGUUCCUCAUGCGACAUAAACAUGAUCUUGCACAAGCUGUCCAGGACCUACGUGCUUUGGUGGAUUCUGUGGUUAAAUGUGAAGAUAUCCCAAUGGCAGAGAAAAAGAUAUUCCUAGACUGCUGUAAAGAAGGAGAAAGCAGUGAAGUUUUCUGCAAAUUAUUGGAUAAAGUUACAGAAGAGAAGACAUUGCAAAUGGAAACCCUCCUGUUUGUGCUUGAACAGAGCAAAGAAGCGUACCCUAGCCUGCAGACUGUGCUUCAGAACUUAAACCAAAACUUGCCCAUAGAACAUUUAGUAGUAACUGGUCGUAUCGAUAGAGAAGAUUUUCUGCUCAACCUUUACUUACACAAAGAGGAGGUUCUGCAAUAUGUAACGGAUUUGAGCCCUUUAUUGGACUGCCUGGAGUCUGCUGAAGAAAUGGUUUUCAGUGAGGAGGAGAAAAAGGUAAUUGUGGAGUGCUGUCAGGAACAGACUGUGAGAGGCGCUAUGGCUAAAUUAUUGAGCAAAGUCAUUGAAGAGAGACAGCUCUGCGCUGAGACUGCAUUAACCCUUCUUCGAACAAUGAAAGAGGCUUAUCCAAUGCUACAGUCCUUACUAAACACCCUUGCAGCAGAACCAGACACAGCUGCAAAGUCAGAAUCGAAGAGCCCAGAAGAUUAUGGGUUUGACUUGCUGAAGCAACAUCAAAAUAAUAUUAUUGAUGCAGUAACUGAUCUUCAGCCUCUGCGUAACGUCCUGUCUGUUGCUGAGGACAUAUCUGAUAGUGAAAAAGAGAGAAUUGAAGAUCUUAUUAAAGAAAAAGAUGUGGCUGCCUGUGUCAGCAAUUUGAUGGAAGGAGUGCUAGAGAAGCAAACAUUGGCAGCUCUCACUGUCUGGAAACUGCUCAUCCGAAUGAAAGAAGGCGUGCCAAAGCUGCGUGCCCUGCUAGAUAAGCUUAAUGGAGAACCAGAAAGUCUCCGACUCAUUUUAUCUGUGAGUGAUGAGGAACGUAAAGCUGUGGACAUUUUAAGGAGCCAUAGAAGGUUGAUCACUGAGACAAUUGAUGAUAUCAGUCCACUUCUGGAUUGUUUGAUGCCUGGUGUAGAAAAUCUUCCAGCUGAAACAAUAGAGAUUUUGAAGAGCUGCUGUUACAGGGAGACUACUAGUCAGUCAUUAGAAAUCAUUCUGGGUAAAAUUUUAGAAGAGAAACUCAUUCCUGCACUGACGUUCUGUAGACUCUUGCAUAUGAUCAGUGAGUCUCAUCCAUCCCUUGAAUCAAUAACAAAGGCAAUGGAACGUGCAGGACUAAUGGCAGAAACAGGGAGUGACAUGUAUGAGGAUCAGAAAGAAGACCUGCAAAAUAAAGAGAAACAAGAAGAUGCAGAGUACUUAGAAGUCAGUGGCCAUGACAGAGACAGUGGCAGCGGCAGUGAACCAUUCUUGGAUCAGAAGAAAUUCAAGUCCAAAUCAGGAGCUAAGCAAAUCUUUACCUGCAGCGCAUGUGGCAAGUCUUUUACGUUUAAAUGUCGCCUUGAGCUGCAUCUCACCCGCUGUCGCAGUUUCGGUCACCUUAAAGCCAUUAACUGCAAGGAAGGUGACAAGAUCCAGACUUCCCAGAAGGAUGAAGAAAAACACAGAGUUGAAACACACAGUGCACCAAAGGGAAAGAAGAGGCGAUUUCCUGUGACUUGUGACAUCUGUGGGAAAUCGUUUGCUCAUCAAUCAGGAAUGCAGUAUCAUAAACGUUCUGAUCACUUCGAUGAGAAACCUUUCUCUUGUAGUGAGUGUGGGGCAAAGUUUGCAGCAAAUUCCACCCUAAAGAAUCACAUGAGGCUGCAUACUGGGGAGAAACCAUUCCUCUGCAAGUAUUGUGAAAUGACUUUUAUGCAGGCUGCUGCAUUGGCCUAUCAUAUGAAAAAAAAGCACUCUGAAGGGAAAAUGUAUGGGUGUCAGUACUGUGAUUCAGUGUUUGCCCAGUCAAUCGAGUUAACACGCCAUGUACGAACCCACACUGGGGACAAGCCUUAUGUCUGCCGAGAGUGUGGCAAAGGAUUCAGCCAGGCCAGUGGCCUCUCCAUGCACCUCCGAUCUUUUCAUAAUGUGGAAGACCCAUAUGAUUGUCAGAAAUGCCGGAUGAGUUUUCCAAGCCUAGAGGAGCACAAGAAGCACAUCCAGGAUGUGCAUCCACCUGAGUACAAUCCCUGUGACAUUUGUGGCAAGAACUUCAGUGCACCAUCACUUCUUGAAAGACAUAUGGUCACGCAUAUUGGUGGAAAGCCAUAUAACUGUGACAUUUGUGACAAGGCCUAUCAGCAACUUUCUGGGCUGUGGUAUCAUAAUCGUACCCACCACCCUGACAUCUUUGCAGCACAGAAUCACCGCUCUCCAAAGUUUGCCACUUUGUUGUGCACAGCAUGUGAAAAGCCCUUUGGAAGCACAGCGUCUCUGAAUAAACACAUGAGGUCUGACCAUUCAGAUAUCAAGAUGCUGGAGUGCGAGAACUGUAAAGACACUUUUGCCACACAAGCAUUGUUGCACAUACAUAUGAAGUCCAAACAUUCAGGAAUCCACCCAUUUAAAUGUUCGUACUGCUCAUCAACAUUCAGAUUCCCUGGAGCAUUGCAUCAUCAUUUAAGCACAGAACACCAAACUCAGCAAACCAGCAGUUUUGUGUGUGGGGAUUGUGCCCAGCUGUUCAACUCACAACAGGAUUUAGAAGAACAUCAGAGGAGCAAGCAUGCUGGAAUCCUGUUUGCUCAUGUACAGGAAGCAGCUGAAAUGGUUAUCCAAGCAUCAGAACAAAUAAGUGCCACUGAACAGGUCAUAUCCCUCGAAGAAACACAUCUCAACAGUGUUGGAUCACAGGUGUUUGUGGCUUUACCUAAUUCCCAAAACAAUUCCUCAGGGCCCCAUGAAAUUGUGGCUCUAAAUGUGAAUGAUUUACUUGAUGGGUCUGUGACACUCAUCUGUGGAGAGACCCCAUGAAAAGGAGAAAGCUUAAAAAUAGACAAUCUCAGCAAAUCCAAUGGCAUUUGGUGAUAUGAAGAAAAACUUUUUCUUCACAAUUAAUUCAAGAUCCAGUUCAUAUCAAGUUUAGAACUUUCUGAGUGCUUUAUUUCAACAGUGAUUUCAACAUGUGUUUAGAAACUCAAUCAGCACAAAUAUCUGGUAAAUAGGUGACAUGACGUAGUAUCGUAUUUAAAAUAAAGUUAUUGAGCUGGAGCUGCAGUGAGUACAUCAGUAACAACACUGGGUGAUCCUUUUUAACCCAUUGCUUGUUCCUUUAUUCCUUUCAUAGGAUCACCGUUUCUUGUUGUUAUAGAACGGGAUUGUUCCAGGUUUGAUCCAUGAUUCGUGAUAUAAGGUAGUGCAGCAUAUUGGUGAAAGAGGUGUAGUGGAGCCACAUAAUUAGGUUUGGCAUUCCCAUUGUACAGAGGCGAGGUGUGUUGAAUUACCCUUCCACCACUACAGCGCCCCCGUUAGCACUGCCAUAAAAUGUAUUUUAGUUUGUUCCUACCUCCAGCAGCAGAGCAAAGGAAGGAUGAAAGGUGUAGAUUGUAAUUUUUAAACUGUCAAACUGGAAUUGGAUAAUGAACAAAGGUGACAGAUUGUCCAGGAUUGUGUUGUGGUUAUAGAAAUUGUCCUAAAUAUGGACCCUAUGGCAUUAAUGUUUGUACCUCUUUAGAGGCCAUUACAUUUAUGGACACUGAAAUAUGCAGCAAAGUUGAUUCAAAGUAUUAGAGGUUGCAGGAUGAUAUUUAUGAUAAGUCCACUCUGAGGCAAAGGGCAAAUGCCAAUCAAUCUCACUGUCAGAUUAUCCCUCAAAGUUCUUCAAGAGCUUUUAAUACACCAGUCCUGUGUUUAUAAAAUAAAUAGCCUAAUCCUGUCAUUUUUGCUCCUAAACAGUAAAAACAGAGGAAUCGAUGCUGCUUGCAUGAAUGAAAAAGACUUCUGGUAUUUCUUUUUGAUUUGGAUCAACGUUGGUCUGCAGUUGAAUUUGCUGACUUGUAUCGCAGAUUCAUUGUCUGAUUACUUUGUAAAAAGAAACAAUUAUUUUAUAGAAUAUAAUUUUUAUUCCAGGUUGAUUGAGACAUUGUUUCACCAGGUAGAAAGAAUCCACCUUUAUAGAAGAUCAGUUUUCGUUCUUAAUCUGUCAGCCCAUCUAGUUUCUUUUCAAUAAUCUGUCAAUAUAUUCACAAGGUAUUGCUGUUCUAAAAGCAUUUUAGAUGUUUUGAUUCAAAGCUAUCUAAUUCUGUGGAAAGUAGUGAUCAAAUGUUACUUUCCAUGUGAAUGCCCAGUUCAGAAUUAAAUAUUUCAAAUUAGUUUAAGUUCUAACUACAGGAUUGGAUAAAAUGAAAUACAGCUGUCUAUCAGUUCAUUGUAUCCCUUUUGUGGUCUAAGUAUAUAAGAAUCAUCUGCCUUUGAAAAUACAAAUGGGUCAAUCUAGUUAAGGCGGUUGAAUUACCAGCUGUUCCUGAAGGCUGUGAGAAAGUUCACGGAUAAGGCAAGAUAAUUCAACCAAUCACUCUCUGCCUACCUCCCCAUCCCAAUCUUAAUUGUGCGUGUGAACAGAAGGAACAUCUUUCUAAUAUUGCAUUUUAAAAAAAACUAAAUUUGCAUUUAUGCAAAUUAUGCUGCAGCUGUGCAAAACUCUGGUGCGGCCGCACUUGGAGUAUUGCGUACAGUUCUGGUCACCGCAUUAUAAGAAGGAUGUGGAAGCUUUGGAAAGGGUUUGGAGGAGAUUUACUAGGAUGUUGCCUGGUAUGGAGGGAAGGUCUUACGAGGAAAGGCUGAGGGACUUGAGGCUGUUUUCAUUAGAGAGAAGGUGGUUGAGAGGUGACUUAAUUGAGACAUACAAGAUAAUCAUAGGGUUAGAUAGGGUGGAUAGGGAGAGCCUUUUUCCUAGGAUGGUGACAGCGAGCACGAGGGGGCAUAGCUUUAAAUUGAGGGGUGAAAGAUAUAGGACAGAUGUCAGAGAUGGUUUCUUUACUCAGAGUAGUAAGGGAAUGGAAUGCUUUGCCUGCAAUGGUAGUAGAUUUGCUAACUUUACGUACGUUUAAGUCGUCAUUGGACAAGUAUAUGGAUGUACAUGGAACAGUGUCGGUUCGAUGGGCUUCAGAUUGGUAUGACAGGUCGGCACAACAUCGAGGAUCGAAGGGCCUGUACUGUGCUGUUAUGUUCUAUGUUCUAUUUCUGCUAUUGCAUUCCUGGUUUGCUUAUUUUUUGUUUCAUUUUCUCAGUUACUUACACAUAGGGGAUAGAGGAGAAGGUUGAUGAUAAAUCUGAACUGUUGUGAUCUCCCAUCAUGCUGAGUCUUCCCAACGCUUGUUCGCUUUUACAAUGGUCUACCCAAAAUUACUGCCAUGUCAGCAGAUUUAGUCUACCAAGGUUAUUGUCGAGACCAGUGGCAGAACUUCCAGAUUGUACAUACUCAGUGUAUUUCACUGAGAAGGGGGCGAGAGAGUGGAUGAAUUAAUCAUUCUGGACAGAUUGUCAAAAUAUCUCACGAGAAAAGGAAAAGUGUGGUAAAUGACUGCAAGUUUGAGUAGUUACUUUCUGAAUACUGUAUACUUCUGAAUGCCCCAACUUAAGAAGCUAAGAAGCAAUAUGCAGAUGAGACUAGUCGUGGAAAAUGGUGAAAACAGUUCAGGAUAGACUAGGGCUGAGUUGAAAUGUUACUGUAUUAUCAGAAAGAGAGAAGGUAUAGCCAAACAUUAUUAGGUGCACCAAUGUAACUAUAUAAGGGAACAGUGUUUCAAAGCUACAAAAAACAGAGAAUAGGAUGGCAGGGGUGACCAAUUGCUAGACACUUAUUUGAAGAAUUAGGCAUUGUAAUGAGCUGUAGAAUGAUGACACGAAAUUGGAUAAAUAUCUUCUCCCUCAGCCUGUGUAAAUCUAUCUUCUUUCUGAAAGAUUCGACUGAAAAGGGAUUGAGUUUAGACAUUUUUUCCCAGUUGUCAGCGGACACUGCCCUUAAUCUUCCUUGUUUGAACUGGCUUUUUCACAGAGGUAGCAAAAGUACUGUGUUGGAAGUGAAAGUAGAUCUCUGCAGGAAUGCCAAUGUGACAUUUGAAUUGAGAAAGCUUGAUGUAACAGGAGAAUGAUGCUGAGCUAUUGCUAUUACUUGCUGACCAGCUAACAGCUUGUCCGUAAUAAAUUUUCCAAAUCAGGUUUUACUAACUAAACCAGCCCCACUGAACUGCAGUUUAUUAAUAGAUUUUGUGAAUAUUGAAGUUGAAAAUUAUCAAGCAAUUUGAAAAUGAGGUACCUUGUCCAGUACACAAAUGGUUACAGUAAAUUGAAAUAGAAAUUGGGAGAUUCUUCUUCAAUCAAUUUUGCAUCUUAAAUAGUAAACUUAAUGGGGUCAACUGAAUUUGCAAGGCAUGAAAUGGGAGCUAUUGGAUAUGAUACUGGAUGGCUAAUCGAAAGGACAGGCCUGUAAUGAUGUCACGGAAUAAUACUUAAUUGUGACAGGCAAUUAUAGCAGGAGUUGUAAGUUUAUGCAACCUUACAACUACCUGAACCACAAAAUGUUACCAUUGGAUAAAGUAAUGCGAUUUCAUCUGCUUCCUCAAUUAACCUUGUCAAACUAGUGAAUAUUGAUAAAAUGUAAUGGUAAAGAUAGCUGUUUAUAGCCUGAACUGUUAAAAUACCCCUGCACCCUUAUUCAGCUCCCUCGGGCAUGAGAUGUUGAGAUUUAUUUUCCCUUGUGCCAUAGACUGCUGAAAUGAUGAUUUCUAUAUUGGAGUAAAACUAACAAAUCCAAAAGUCUAUUGCAAAGGCAUACAACCAGUGGUCUGGAUGUGAGAAAACCCACUUACAUUAUAACCUGAAAAAAAUAUUCUUUCUAUAACCUUGAACUAAGUUAAGGUAUGUUUAAUGCAGGUUUAUUUUUUGGAAAAGAUAAAGAUUAAUGUCCUUCAUAAUGAAGGGGAAUGAGAACAAGGAAUCACAAGGUGAUGUUUGUUGGAUUGAAUUAAAUGCUGAUUGGCAACAACAGCUAUUCUUUCAACAUGUCUGCUUAUUGUCAUUAAAUGAUCUAAAUCAGAGCCCUUUUUGAAUAUGGAGUCUAGUCAGAACAGAAUCAAGGCUAGGAAACCAUGAUCAUUUGGAGAAAUUAGAAAAAUCAUACUACCAACUAGACGUUAUUCACCCUUUUCUGUCAGAGGGAAAGAAGUCAAAGAUGAAACAAGCCAUACAGUGAGCUCUUCAUUUUGGAUGAUGUUGCACACAGAAAACUGACUACUUGAGAAUCUACUUUAGAAUACUUCCAAAAUGUACAACUUGAAUAAAAAUAUUGGUUUACUUUUAAUGCAACCUACGUAAGAUUUGUUAAGCUUUCCGAUAAAACUGAUACGUUUUUUGAUCAUUCAUCCUUUUCCCAUUCAGUCUGAACAACCCACUGAGAGGGCAAUGGGUUGUAAGUCCAAAUGAUGGACAACCCACAACAACCGCCAUCAACAUCAACCCUGCCUCCCCGAUGGAGAUGUAUUUCUAUCAGUAUUGUUGAAUGCCCAGUUUAAAAACAUAUUUUCAUGUUCUGCUAGAUGCACUAAGGUACCAACCUCAACUUUAUUUGUUGAACUACCUUUUGAUGGUAGAGCCCAGAAAAACGACCAUAAAUCUUCUUUCUAGUGACACUUUACAAAGCUGAGUAGGACAGAGUCAAAAGUCAUACGUCUUCACCUGACAAAGGAGCAGUGUUUUGAAACCUUGUGAUUUCAAAUAAAACUGUUGGCCUAUAACCUGGUGUCGUGUGUCUUCUGACUUUGUCCACCCCAGUCCAGCACUGGUAUGUCCAUAUCGCAGCUUAGUAGCUCAGGCAUUCAGAUUCCAAAAACUGACCUACGGUUACUUACUGAUAAAAUGAGAUUGUGUGCAUACAAUCUUGUGUUGUACAAUUGUUGGCCAACCUCUUAGCUCUUAAACUCAAUUCCCUUUCCUUAACUAGUCGAGUUCCUGCAAAUAUGUAAAGGGUCAAUAGAUAUUGAGAAUAUCUUGAAUGAAUUGCCAGCAUUGCUAUUGUACUGCAGUGUUGAAUUAGAACAGAAUUAAGGCUAUGAAUUUAAGAUUAUUUAGAAGAAAUUGGAAAAGUAAUAUUACCAACUAGACAUAUUCACCCUUUCUUUGAAGGUAAGAGGAAGGCAAAAGAUUAUUCUUAUUCUGUCGUUAGCAGUGAUUUUUCAGAAACUUUAGUUCAAGUAGUUCAACACCAGUGUACAAGUCACCGCAAUAAAAGAUUUUUUUGUUA